CAUGUAUUUAAAAAGCUUUCACGCACUAUGUUGCAUAUGAAUACUGGUGUUUAGCGGGGGAUCCCACACAGAGAGACUUGCCAUUAAUGCCAUUACCAACUCGCUGCCACUCGCUGCCAGUGAUCAGCUGUUCUGCUGCGUGUAAAGGUCAGGAAUCACGCGACAGAAUAUACUAUAGUAUGGAUCGAUCUACACAUCUAAAUCAUAAUUCCGGAGGAAACGGGGAAUAUAGAGGAAAUCCAGUAAAUCAAAGGAGCAAUAUGACGGACAGCGAGCAAACGAAUGAAUAUUAUUGUGAGAAUAACUCACCUAGUACCUCAAACCCUCAGAAUCAGCCAACAUAUGCUGAUGGAUACGCCAAGAUACCACCAAAUGAAUCAAGACGGAGCAAACUGCAGAGGAUUGCACAGGAAGAAGAGGAGAAUCUGAGGAGAUGGAAAGAGGAGAAUCGCCCUGGUCCCAUUCAGCUGGCUCCAGAGAGACUAGGUGGUGCAGUAUCACUGGCAGAAGUCAGACAGAGACAGCAGGACGAAUCACGCCAUUCAAAGCAGAUAAAAAAGCUUCGAAAAGAGGAAAUGGCUAAAAAGACGAGACAGGCAGAGGAGGAGGAGAAUGAGAAGAUGAAGGCCAUGCAACGAGAGAAGGCCAAUAAACUAGAGAUGAGGAAAAAGCAAGACGACGAACAGAGACAGAAGCUGUACCAACACGACAAGCAAAGGAAAACCGAGGAUUUUCUUCAAAGAAUUGAGAGGUCCAGCACUACCGUUUCUAUGACAGCAGGCAAUUCCAUACCAGCAUCAUCCUGGGCUAAAUGUCAUGAGUACAGGGAAGCCAGAAGAGAAGAGGAGAAUGCUGACCUGCUUAAGAAGAAAGAGGAGCAGAGGAGAAAGGCAGAAAGUUUGGAGGAAAAACAAAAACAACAGGAGGAGGACAGGAAGAGACGGACUGGAGCUGACCAUCGGCGGGUGAACAUGACUUUCCUAGACCGUCUGGAGGCGAGUAAUUCAGGUAGGGUGCCUAAACCCGUGACCCAAACCCCUGAAAGCAGUAAUAUCUGUCUGGAUGAUGACGAUGAUGAUGACAAACCACAGGAUGCAGCCCUAUCCACAGUACCCAACCCAUCACAGGUCCACACAGACAGUGCAGAGGAGGAUGAUCAUGACCAUAUGUGGACCCUGAUCAAACUCCAGAAUAGGUUUCCAUACUAUGAGCGAGAUAUGCUGGAGGAGAUCGUCAAACAGUGCAAUGGCAAUUACCAGCAAGCAUAUGAGCUGCUUGAUGUGUAAAUACUUUGUCGUUUUGAUCCUGAGUGAUAGAUUGAUCCCAAUGUUGUUUUGUGAGUAAAUAAUGAUUUUUGGGUGAAGUGUCCCUUUAAUUAAUGAAGGUGGUGAGCUCUAACUAGUGUCCUUUGAACUGAAACAAAAACUUAUUUUUUUAGUUUGUGCAGUUAUUUUUGCUCUGACACUUAGUCACAGAGAAAAGAAAUCAAAACAAUGAAUCAAGAUUUGAGUCUGCUGUGGGAACAUUUAUGGAUCCCAUGAGUACAAUUCACAGGCUAAAUGAUGUGCGUUCACAAAAUCCAGAGGCUAAUUUAUAAUGAGGUAAAGGACUAGUGGAAUUCUGAACUCAUCCACCAUAGGGAUGGACAGUGAAAAACCCAACCAUCAUACAGAUCAUUAGCUUCCUGAAUGCUGUAAAGGUUUCUGCUAAAUCUGCAUGUAUUUAAAAAGGCUGCCUCUAUGUAUGUGAAAUAGAGUGCAACAGUCGGGUUCCUGAAGUAAAAAUCCCAUCCAUUUUCUCCAUGGAGAAAUUAUUUUUAUAUUUUAACAAUAACUUAUAAACUGUUAAUGGCAGACCUACUUUGAGCUACGAGGUUGUUAAAGGGAUAGUUCACCCAAAAAUGAAAAUUUGAUGUUUAUCUGCUUACC